AUGGAAAUUAUUGAUUUAUGUACACCGCCUAUCGUCAUCGAUGAUUUAUCCACGAUACCAGAUCCGAUGUACGAUGCAACAACAUCUGUUGAAAUGAAACAACGUUUUUUAAAUCUUGAUCGUCGAUUAUGCAUUUUACCGUGCUAUCCAACUUAUAAUGCUAAUCGAGAUCAGGGUCAACCGUUAUUAGCAAAUAUUCCACAUCAUCAAUUGACUCCGACGGAAUUAUCAUAUCGACGUUCUGGUGCUUUUAAACCAGCAUGUACGAUUGUCAAUAGUCAGUCUAAUAUGCCAUCAUUUUUAAGAGCAAAAUUCAAUAUGUUCUUUGGUGAUUUACUUGAACGGUUAAAAGUUGAUUUAUCUAUUUUGGAUUAUAAUUAUACACGUCUAAAUAAAUUUAUGAAAAUGUUAGCUUAUGAACAAAUACGUGCUUUUAAUCUACCACCAAAUGCAAUACCUCAAAUCGAAGAAAAAGAAUAUCCAGUUGUGUUGGAAUUUUUUUUACAAUUUGAUGUUAACAUGUUCUAUAUGAAAACAUGUUCAUUUCGUUAUACUCGACCACGUACAUUAAAUGAAGGUCUCUUUUGUUUACAAGAACCAGAAGCUCGAUAUGAAUUGGCUGCAUGUGGAAACUGUGCACUUUGUUAUCCUCAAUAUGAUAUGACAUACCGAUUAAAGAAAUCCGUGGUUGAAUUUAGUCAAGCACAUAAACAUACCUUUCUUAAUGGAUAUCAAGCCAUUUUAAAUUGUUCUGCAUCAUGUCAUACAUCGAAUAUUAUCUAUGCCUUAACUUGUCCAUGUGGUAAAUUUGAAUAUAUUGGUACAACCGCCAAUACUUUACAUGAUCGUUUAAAAAAACAUCGUGAACAUGGAAAUCGAAUUAUUCAUGAGUUUUUAAUUGGCCAAACAAACAUUCUACGAGAACUAACAAGAGGAAAACCGACAGAAAUUUUAGUCAAAGAUCGUAUGAAACUUUAUCAACAUUCAGCAAGAUGUCCAGUCGCCAUGCAAAUCUUUUUGGAUGCUAAUCAACAAUAUUGGCGAUUUGUUCCAAUGUCAUUAGAAGAGUCACAAAGACCUGAACAACAAAUGGUACAAAGUCUUGUGAUUUCUGAUGAACCGAGUCAUCAUGCACGAACAAGACGUGACUGUGAAAUUUGUGUUGAUGCUGUACCAAAACCAUCGAAAGGAUACAUAUUCUCAAAUCGGCAAAUCAUGUUACAAACACAAUAUUUUCAUAAGUUACAAGAUAAAACAUUGCCAAAUCUUAAUAUUGAUUUAUACAAUGCUACUAUUGUUGCUGUUCUACCUGAAACAAGUUCUGAUAUGUUUCGUUAUACAAUUGAAUCCUUAUUCAUUACAUAUGCUGAAACCAAUCUCAAUACAGUUGGAAAUGUUUUGAAUGACAAUCCAAAUGGAGAACAAUAUCCAAUGAAUGAUCCUUGGUUUGUCCGAAGUAGUAAUUGGUGUCAAGGAUUAUUACGUCGACCUCAACCAAAAAAUACACAAGCGAAAUAG